GGCAGUGAAGGGGUUACCGGACGUGUGUCCAGUCUGGGGUUAAAUAACCAAAACAAGGGCUCUGCCCAUUAGGUGGCGCUGUGUCACAGCGAGAGCCUCCGCCGCCUUGUGGCCACCAGGUGGCGCCUGCGCGCCUCAUUCGACUUCGAGCUGCCGAGGAGCGAACAACUCAAGCCGAGCAGCCGCCAAAGCGCUCCUUAUUUCUCACCUCAGGCCGGGAUAAGGAUUGGGCCUCGCCGUUCGGUGACUUUUCGGUUUAGGAAGCCUGUCUCCGUCUAUUCUCGGGAUUAGCAGCAGCCGGCGGGACGAGGCCCUCCCCCGGGAGGCGCGCUGUGCUGGAGCUGAGAUUUUACAGUUGUAGCUGGUUAUCACAUCUCGGAAGAGGUCUAUGAACCAAAUAUUCCAAGGGAGUUGGUUUUCCAGAAGAUGAUAAAGAAAUGAUAGCUGCACCAGAAAUCCAAACAGACUUCAAUCUCCUCCAGGACCCAGAAACCCAUUUCUCAUCUGAUACAGACUUUGAUGACAUUGAAAGCAAAAUCCCAAAACAAGGCAAAGGAAAGGUAUGUUCGAAAGGCAAAAAAAAUGUCACAGAGAAAGGAAAAGGGUCUUUCAAACCUGGUGGCCCUAACUGGAUGAAUGGUCAUCACCAACAAAAUGGAGUAGAGAACAUGAUGCUCUUUGAAGUGGUUAAGAUGGGCAAAAGUGCAAUGCAGUCUGUGGUUGAUGACUGGAUAGAAGCUUAUAAACACAACAGAGAUGUAGCACUUCUUGAUCUCAUAAACUUUUUUAUUCAGUGUUCUGGAUGCAAAGGUGUCGUCUCUGGAGAGAUGUUCCGUCACAUGCAAAAUUCAGAAAUAAUCAGAAGAAUGACUGAAGAAUUUGAUGAGGACAGUGGAGAUUAUCCUUUGACAAUGGCUGGUCCACAGUGGAAGAAAUUUAAGUUCAGUUUUUGUGAGUUCAUUGGAGUUUUAGUGCGCCAGUGUCAAUACAGUAUCAUAUAUGAUGAGUACAUGAUGGACACGGUAAUCUCUCUUCUAACUGGACUUUCUGAUUCCCAAGUUCGAGCAUUUCGACAUACAAGUACUUUAGCAGCAAUGAAGUUAAUGACAGCCUUGGUUAAUGUUGCCCUGAACUUGAGUAUCAACAUGGACAAUACACAAAGGCAGUAUGAGGCAGAGCGAAACAAGAUGAUUGGGAAGCGAGCCAAUGACAGACUGGAACUUUUACUACAGAAGAGAAAGGAGUUGCAAGAAAACCAGGACGAGAUAGAAAACAUGAUGAAUGCAAUUUUCAAGGGAGUGUUUGUCCAUAGAUAUCGAGAUGCUAUAGCUGAAAUUAGGGCUAUCUGCAUAGAGGAGAUUGGUGUUUGGAUGAAAAUGUAUAGCGACGCUUUCUUGAAUGACAGUUACUUAAAAUAUGUUGGGUGGACAAUGCAUGAUAAGCAAGGAGAAGUUCGGCUGAAAUGUCUUACAGCACUGCAAGGCCUUUAUUACAACAGAGAGCUUAAUGCUAAACUAGAACUCUUCACUAGUCGUUUCAAGGAUAGAAUUGUAUCAAUGACUCUUGAUAAGGAGUACGAUGUAGCAGUGCAGGCAAUAAAGCUCUUAACGCUGGUUUUACAGUGGUGGUGCCGGACUCCCCAGUGCUGUGCUGCGUCUCACCAGGGUGGUGCCGAACUCCCCAGUGCUGUGCUGCAUCUCACCAUGGCUGUGCAAGUAGUGGAAAAGAUGGGGAGAUCACUCACAGAUCGGCAGGAGACUGCACUAAUCGAAAUAAUGCUCUGUACGAUUCGACAAGCUGCUGAAUGCCAUCCUCCUGUUGGUAGAGGAAGCGGAAAAAGGGUGUUGACUGCAAAAGAAAAGAAAAGCCAGUUAGAUGACAAAACACGAAUUACAGAGCUGUUUGCAGUAUCCCUCCCUCAGCUUUUGGCAAAAUAUUCAGUAGAUGCAGAAAAACUGACAAAUCUUCUGCAGCUGCCGCAGUAUUUUGAUUUGGAAAUAUAUACAACGGGACGUUUGGAAAAGCAUUUAGAGGCAUUAUUACGCCAGAUCAGGAACAUUGUAGAAAAGCAUACAGACACCGAUGUUUUGGAAGCAUGUUCUAAAACCUACCAUGCACUUUGCAAUGAAGAGUUCACAAUAUUUAACCGAGUGGACAUUGCGAAGAGCCAGUUGAUCGAUGAACAGGCAGAUAAAUUCAACCGCCUUCUUGAGGACUUCCUACAAGAGGAAGAGGAGCCUGAUGAGGAUGAUGCAUACCAAGUGCUCUCCACACUAAAGCGAAUAACUGCUUUCCACAAUGCACACGACCUCUCUAGGUGGGAUUUAUUCAGCAGCAAUUACAAGCUAUUGAAAACUGGUAUUGAAAAUGGAGAUAUGCCGGAGCAGAUUGUCAUUCAUGCUUUACAGUGUACUCACUAUGUCAUUCUCUGGCAACUGGCAAAGAUAUCAGAGUCAGGUUCAACUAAGGAAGAGUUGAUCAAGUUGAAGAGGCAAAUGAGAGUAUUUUGUCAGAUAUGUCAGCAUUAUCUUACCAAUGUGCACACUGCUGUUAAAGAACAGGCAUUCACUAUUCUCUCUGACGUACUAAUGAUCUUCAGCCAUCAGAUUGUGAUUGGAGGUCGGGAAGCAAUGGAACCUUUAGUCUAUUCCCCCGAUUCUUCGCUGCAGUCAGAGCUGCUCAGCUUUAUUUUGGAUCAUGUCUUCAUUGACCAAGAUGAUGAUAACAGCAGUUCAGAUGGCCAGCAGGACGACGAGGCCACUAAAAUUGAAGCAUUGCACAAAAGAAGAAAUUUGCUUGCAGCUUACUGUAAGCUCAUAGUAUAUAAUGUAGUUGAAAUGAACACUGCUGCAGACAUCUUCAAACAGUACAUGAGGUAUUACAAUGAUUAUGGGGACAUCAUCAAGGAAACCAUGAGUAAAACACGGCAGAUCGAUAAGAUUCAGUGUGCAAAAACACUUAUACUUAGUUUACAACAGCUGUUCAAUGAAAUGAUCCAGGAACAUGGUUAUAACUUUGACCGAUCAUCGCCAACAUUCAGUGGUAUUAAAGAACUUGCAAGACGUUUUGCAUUAACCUUUGGACUCGAUCAGCUUAAAACAAGAGAAGCUAUUGCAAUGUUGCACAAGGAUGGUAUAGAAUUUGCCUUUAAAGAGCCAAGCCCACAAGGAGAAGUCCUCCCACCGCUAAACAUGGCUUUCCUUGAUAUUCUGAGCGAGUUCUCUUCAAAACUGUUAAGACAGGACAAGAAAACAGUAUACGCAUACCUGGAAAAGUUCAUGACGUUUCAAAUGUCCCUUCGACGAGAAGAUGUCUGGUUACCACUCAUGUCUUACCGAAACUCCUUAUUAGCUGGAGGCGACGAUGACACUUUGUCUGUUAUGAGUGGAAUGAGUGGUCGUGGGUCAUCUGUAAGGAGUAAAAAAGCAAAACCAGCAACAGGAAAACGGAAAUUACCAGAAGGUAUUGUUUUUAUUUCUGAAGAGAGUAGUAGCAGUGAUAGCAUGUGGCUAAGUCGGGAGCAGACAAUGAAUACUCCAGUAAUGAUGCAAACACCACAGCUCACAUCCACUAUCAUGAGAGAUCCCAAGAGAUUGAGGCCGGAAGAGAGUUAUAUGCCUGUUUAUCCAAUGCAGCAUGAGCACCACCAACCAGCCAUCGAUUAUAAUACGCAGGUAACGUGGAUGCUUGCUCAGCGACAGCAGGAAGAGGCAGCAAGGCAACAUCAAGAAAGAGCAGCUAUGAACUUUGUAAAGCUGAGGACUAAUCUGCAGCAUGCCAUACGGCGCAAUCCUGGUUUAAUGGAAGAUGAUGAAGAGCCUAUUGUUGAGGAUGUUAUGAUGUCGUCUGAGGGACGAAUUGAAGAUCUUAAUGAGGGCAUGGACUUUGACACAAUGGAUAUAGACUUGCCUCCAUCUAAAAACAGGAGAGAGAGAACAGAACUUAAACCUGAUUUCUUUGAUCCUGCUUCAAUCAUGGAUGAAUCUGUUCUUGGGGUAUCAAUGUUUUAAUACCAGUUCAUCUAUCAACUCUGUGGUGAAGUGUUUUUUUAAAUGGAAGAGGAAGUUUUUAAUGACAAAUUUGUGGUAGAUACAUUGAAAUUCUGUACAGAAUUUUCUCUAAGGAGAAUUUGACAUGCUUACCAAGAUUAAGUGCAUUGAAGGGCAGUUUUGAAUGCCUGAAAAAUAUAAAGGACAAGUAAACAGUUUGAUAAUAAGCUACAUUGUACCAUUUUGGAGAAAAUAUUUUUUUUAUUUAUGUAUUUUAGUUUGUCCAGUUAUAAUGCAUAGUUCCUUCCUUUCUUCUUUUUUUUUUUUAUUUUAUAAAAAUAACUCCCAUUAUUGAAUAAUGUUGAUUCUCUUUACUCCAUGAAAGAGUUAAAAUAAUAGCAUUUAUAUUUAUAAUUCAGUAUGGUUAUGUAAUAGUUUCCUUUUUUCCAAAAUGUGUAAACUCACAAACUUAAUUAGACUGAUCUCAUUAACUAAAACUCACAACCACUUUUUUUUUUUUUUAAGAUGUCAGUAGGUGAGACAUUUUAAUGUUAUUUUAAUUAAAAGGAGCCUUACGGAAUGCCUUUCUUCCCCAGAAAGACGUCAGUGGGUAAUUCGCGCUAAGGUA